AUGCGGACUUCACCUUUAACAUGUUUUACUGAAUGUAUCGAUAUAAGAAUGAAAACAAUAUGUUUGGAUUGGCGUGAUGUAUGUGAUGGCAAAAUUGAUUGUUUAGAUGCACAGGAUGAAUACAGUUGUUUGGAACUUGAAAAACAUCAAUGUAAUAAUGAAACAGAAUAUCGUUGUCGAUUGGGCACAUGCGUUCCAAAACGUUUUACAUUUGACUUUGUAUUAGACUGUACAGAUGGAAGCGAUGAACAACUUGUGACGAAUGCUCCCUUAUUUGGAACAUAUUGUGCAUUAAACCAGUCUGUUACAUGCGAAGAAUAUCAUUGUGGAUGGAAUUCAUUUUCCUGUGGAGACGGUCAGUGUACACGAUUUCCUUUGAUGUAUCGAAAAUGUUGGAAUUAUCGAGAUCUAAUUUAUUUUAUUAAUAUGUCAGAUACAACGGACAAUGAUCGUUGUAAUGAUUAUAUGAUGUGUGCAUUAUUCGGUCACGAUCAUUAUUAUAAUAGCCCGAUUGAUUGUGAUUAUGAUCAAUGUGAUAUUUUACUUGAAUCUCAUUGUUCAGAAACAGUUCUAUAUCCUCCACACAAUGCGUUUGCUUAUCCGUCUAUUCGAUUGAAAUAUAUUGUCAAAAGACAUAUGAUGAAUUGGAAAGAAAAUAUUACACCAGCUUACAUUUGUUAUGAUGAAAUAUUAUGUCAUGAAUCAUUUACAUCCACAUUCUUCUUUGGUAAUUUAUCCUGUAACCUCUUCGAAGAAUUUGGUCUAGCACAUAGAAUAUAUGCGAGAAGUGAUUGGAAUUAUCGAUUACGAGAUAUUGAAAAAUUAUUUUCUGUUUGUUCUACAAAUAAUAAUUGUUCAAAUGAUAAUCAAAAACGUUUAUUUUCUUGUACGAACGCUCAUAACAGUAGUUGUAUACCUAAAGAACGUUUACUUGAUUUCUCAAUAGAUUGUCCAAAUCAGAAUGGUGAAUCAAGUUUAUUGAACACGUGUAAGAUGAAUUUAUCCAGUCGUUUUCGGUGUUUUUCUACAGAUAAUUGUAUUCCAAGAAAAUUUUUAGUGGGCGGUUUCCCUCAUUGUCCAGAUGAAUCAGAUGAAAUAUAUUUUAAAAUUAGAUGUUACGAAAGAGAUGAUUUAGGAUGUCAGUGGAUACGUGAUACAAUCAAAAAUGCUUAUAAUUUCGUAUUUCGUAAAGUAUGUGAUGGUAUCAUUGAUAUAACAAUCGGAAAUAUGACUGAUGAAAGCGAUUGUGAAUUAUUACCCUGCGAAACAAGUUUUACAAGAUCACAUCACCAAGCUAUUUUACCAUGUAAUGCUGAUGAAUAUUACUGCAUAAGAAAUGAUUAUGAUAAUCUGACUUGUUAUAAUUCGAAAUUAGCUGCUGUUGGUGUUAAUAAUUGCUUAGGCAAUAUUGAUGAACGUGCUUUUGGUUUUUGUCGUGAAAAGUAUCAGUCGUCUGAUACUCCCGGACGAUUUCAUUGUCGGAACAGUACAACUUGCUUGACACCUAUUGAACUAUGUGAUGGUGUAAAACAUUGUGAUCAUGGAGACGCUGAGGAAUUAUUGUGUAAUUGGUUACAGAAAUAUAAAGUACCACCUAGAUAUUUUGUAUGUAAAAAUGGCGAUAUGAUACUGCAGACUUACCGAUGUGAUUUUGAAUUUGAUUGUGACGAAGGCGAAGAUGAAUGGUUUUGUGAUGUAUCCGACGAAGUAAUUCAGACGAUUUAUGGAGCAGUGAUGAGGCCCGAGUCGUCGAUGUUAUAUUUUAAUCCAUAUCCUGUUCUUGACACAUCAACGAUCAUGAAUGUUGUAUCAACGGAAUUAAAGUCCAUUGUUGAGACAGAAUCGUUUGAUACACCAGUAACAUUAUUUAAACCGAGAACAGUUAUAAGACUGGUCUUUUAUUUAAUAAACAAUAGCACUGAUGAAGAAGGUGAAUUUGUCAUUCAUUCUGAACAGAUCACUCAUAUGCCUUAUAGCUAUUCAACUAACAAAUAUUUUCUCUAUUUAUUGUAUCUCCGGAAAACACCAACAAAAGAUAAUUAUUAUGUAAGAACUGAUGCUUUUCUUUUAACAACAUCUAAUGUUAUGUUCAUUGCUACCUGGUAUCAUCGUCUUGUCUUUCCGUUUUUACCAAUUCGGCGACUUGCACUAAAACUUGUGCUGCAGGAAGAGCACAGUAAUGAAUUAUGUGAAAGAAGAGCAAAAUGUCUGCAUGGUACAUGUGUGCCAUUUCAAAAUCUACAUGAUAAGUAUUUUUGUAAAUGCAACACGGGUUGGUCAGGUUUAUAUUGUGAUCAAGUAGAUAAUGUGUGUAAAAAGGAUAUUUGUGCUUUAAAUGCAUUUUGUAUUAAUCAGUUAACAACAACAAGACCCAUAUGUAUUUGUCCAUUGGGUCAGACGGGUCCAACAUGUUGUGUUAGGGAUUUGCAAUGUGAAGUAAAUCCAUGUUACAACGGUGGUACUUGUAUUCCAUUAGACAGUAGAUCAUCAAAAGAGAAUACAUUUGUAUGUGUAUGUCAAAAAGAAUUUACAGGCAGUCAAUGUCAACAACCAUGUAAGAAAAUGAAUAUAUAUUUUAAUCAAACUUUAACCGAUGCUGUUGUAAACUCGAUUCCUGUCGUUGCAAUACAUUUUGUUUCGGUUUCACAUACCCCUGUUGGUCAAGAAGAUCAAACACCUGUUAUGAAGCAAUACUAUCGCUUUAUAUUCACAGACGUUCAUGUAGGAACAUACAUGCCAACUAUCUAUUAUGAUGUUAUUGGAAAAAUUGAUGCUAGUUUUAUACAAAUAUUUGAAGACACACAAAAUUCAUAUGGUAAAUGCUAUCUAGUUGCCUUAUACAAUGAUACUAAAAAGCAAAUAAAUUCUUUAAACACAAGUGUUAUUGAACAAAACCGUUGUCCAUACAUUAAUGAAUGCUUUAAUGAUUCAGUAGUCAAUUCCUUUCAGUUAAAUCGUGCAAAAUAUUAUCAAUUACCCUGUCAAGAAAAUCGUAAAUUAGUAUUUAUGUGUUUAUGUGAUCGAACUCAUUCAACCGAGUGUUUUUUGUUUGGUCAUAAUAAAGGUCAAUGUACGGGUGUUAACUAUUGUAUUAAUGAUGGUCUAUAUUGUUAUUAUGGGAGCUUAUGUCAAUUUACGACAUCCGAUUAUAUGUUAUCAAUUGAUUCAUUAAUUGGACCCGACAUACGAACAAACGUAACAACUCUCAAACAACAAUUGUCUAUUGUUAAAGUUUAUUUAGGAUUGAGUAUAGUGUUAAUCAUAAUCGGAAGUAUUUUAAAUUUGUUAUCAUUUAUGACAUUCUGUCAAAGGAAAACACGUGAAGUCGGAUGUGGUAUCUAUUUAUUAUGUUCAUCUGUUAUCAAUCAAAUUAGUUUAUGUAUAUAUUUUUCAAAAUUUCUCUAUCUAUUACAAAUACAAAUGUUUAACAAAAGAAAUAUCUAUGCUUGCGUUAUAUUAGAGUAUUUAAUACGUGUGCUUCCAUCAGUCUGUGAUUAUAUAAAUGCAUUUGUAACAGUUGAAUGUGCUUAUACUCUCGGUAUUCGUGGUACAAUAUUCCAAAAACAACGAACAAAACGUGUUGCUAAAAUUUUGAUUAUUCUAUUAUUUGCUGUUCACAUGUCCAGUUGGAUUCAUGAACCAUUGAACCGCCAAUUACUUGAAGAUCCACGUAUCAAUGGUGGACGUGCAUGGUGUGUGCUGAAUCUGAAUGGCAAUCGUUUAUUAAGAGUCUAUAAUUCAGCACUGACCAUCGCCCAUUAUAUGAUACCAUUUAUUCUUAAUUUAACCAGUGCAUUAAUUAUAUUAAUUAGUACAUCACGAAAAAAAUCUGAUGCUAGACAUCUGAAAUAUACUACAGUACUAAAAAACCAACUUAGUGAACAUAAAGAUUUACUAAUAAGUCCAAUUAUCUUAUUAUUAUUGGCAUUGCCACGUUUAAUAUUUACAUUUGCAUUCAGUUGCAUUCAUCAAAACGCAUGGCAAAAAUAUUUUUUACUAUUCGGUUAUUUACUUUCAUUUGUACCCCAAACAGCAACAUUUCUAAUGUUAGUGUUAACAUCACAAUUAUAUAAACAAGAAUUUUGCAAAUUUGUUAAGCGGCAGAUAAAACGUCGUGAUCGACAACAAUAA